ACAGCCGGAAAUACGUCUGCUGCGUUCACAGGCUAGACCUCUUUCGGCUUGAGCGCCAAAGGAAGACUCGAGCCCGCGGUCAAACAAUCGCUGGUUGGCGUCGCGCAUGCUUCGUAGCAGUUGAAACCCUGAUCACAACAAACAUGGACGCUGUAAGCAAUGUGACAACAGAGCAAACAGCAUUAACAGGAGAGAAACAAGACGAUUCAGACGACGAGGAUAAAAAUAACGUCGAUUUAGGAGUUGCUGGCUUGCCUCGCAUUAACUUUUCCGGUUCUAAAAACGAAUUUGAGACGAUAAAUUUGGAUGGAGAUGGUGAUGAUGAGGAGGAAGAAGAUCCUUCGGAUCGUGAUCUCUCGGACGACAAACGGAAGAAAAAGUACAGAAAAAAGAAAAAGAAGAACCAACCUUUAGAGGAUUUAUCAGACAGUAGUUCAGACGACGAAAGAACGAGCAGUAGAAAGAGAAAAGAGACUGAAACUGAUCCGUCUGACCUAACAUGGCCUCUUUGGGUGUGGUACUACAUAGUAGCAGUAUCAAGUGGAGCUUUGAAAGUUGCUGAAUACCUGGGAGAAAAGUUGGCGGCUUUCUUUGGGAUUACUACUCCAAGAUAUCAGUAUGUAAUCGAUGAGUUUUACAGACUAAAAGAACAGGAAAAAGAAGAGGAAGAACAAGAGAGAAGGGAAAGAGAAUAUGUUGAAAGAAUGGCAGCGGAGAGGUUAGCUUCAUUAGAAGGUGGCAGCAGCUUAGACCUUCAACAGACUGAGGAGUUAUUGAAUGGGAAUGUUGUUGAACAAAAUCCACAAGAUAUGUCAAACAAGCCUUGAAGUUUUUAUUGAUUAAUAAUCAUCCUUCGCUAUAUGCAGUACAUGUAGUCCCUUGUAAAGAAUAAGUUAUGGGGAAAAUUGUGGCAUUUGUGCCUACUUUGUAGAAUAGUGUCUAAGUCCAGUGUCAUUUUAUUUUACCUGAUCUGCAUAGAUUGCUCCUAACAGCAGUUACAUGACCAUAUAAAAUUUGUUUAAUAUGGUUCUCAUUCAUAUAGUACAUGUAAGGAUCAUUAUUUUGUUGUCAUACAGUUAAUUUGACUUUAUGUAAAAGAUGACAUCUUGAAUCUAGUGCUGGAAAUAAUAGUUGAUCAUCAGGCAUUGUCUGAUCACAUUCUGAAAUUGUCUGACUAAUUUUUACAGUCUGGUCAGGCAUGAUUCAUGUCCAAGCACCAAAAUGGCUCAGCUUUUAGCAGGAAGAUCUUGGUUACAGACCAUGUUUUCUUUGAGACGUGUCAGAAAAUCAUAAAUCAUCGGAAUCCAGGUUUUGUUUUGCUUGAAUAGUCUCUCCAGACUUGCAUGAAAUUUAUGUAAUUUACAUGCAUGUCAUGUUUUGAAAAUCAUCCUAUAUUAAGUAUUCCUAUUACUUCAUGUGCAUGGCUACAGUUUAAUGGUCAGUGUAUUACGUACAUGUAAAUUUCAUGUUAAAAUAAUAGUCACUAAAUUCUUAAAUACAUGUAUUCAGCCACAUUUUGUAAUACAUGUACAU